UUGGUCACCACUUUGCAGGCUUUCCAUUUGUCAACUCUUUGUCGUCUCCAUACCCAUUAUAACUUUGAUUGGAAAAAGAUGAGUUACUUGGCAAUGAGGACUAAGCAAGAAGCAACUUAUCAGCUCAGUUCUGAUUACAAAGAGCUAGUCUUUGCUGCUAAAAAGCUUGCAAAUCAUGCCAUCAAAUUGGGUUCUUUGGGGUUUGGGGUUUCAUUUCUUGAAUGGAUCGCUUCUUUUGCUGCCAUUUACUUAUUAAUCUUGGACCGAACACAUUGGAAAACAAAUAUCCUUACAACACUAUUAAUCCCAUAUAUUUUCUUGAGUCUUCCUGGGAUACUCUUCAGCGCCUUCAGGGGAGACAUUGGAAAAUGGAUUGCUUUUGUUGCAGUUGUUUUGCGCUUGUUCUUCCCUAGACGUUUCCCGGAUUGGUUGGAAUUACCAGCAGCAUUGGUUCUUCUAAUAGUGGUUGCUCCUAGCUUAUUCUCAAGCACAUUAAGAAGCAGCUUGGUUGGGGUAAUAAUAUGCCUUGCCAUUGCUUGUUACUUACUUCAACAACAUGUCAGGGCGUCAGGUGGGUUCAGAAAUUCAUUCACAAAGGCACAUGGAAUAUCAAACACAGUUGGGAUUAUUCUUCUUUUGGUCUAUCCUGCUUGGGCUUUGCUUCUUGAAAUCCUGUAGGUUCUGUAUUUUUUAUUGCAUUUUUUCCUUGUAUAUUAUUACAAUUAUAGUUUAAUGUAUUGGUUCUUGUAUUGACACAUUUUAGAAAUAAAUGUCUUUUUUUUUCCAUUUA